AUGUUACUACAAUUCACAAACUGCCACCUCUGCGACAACGGCACCAUCACCCACAACACCGAUCUCUUUGUCGAUAGUGAGACAGGCAAGAUUGUUUCACCUCCAAAGAGCAAGAAGGUGCUGGUCAAGAAGGUCGACCUCCAGGGCCACAUCUUGGCUCCCGGCUACAUCGACAUCCAGAACAACGGUAUCUACGGCUUGAACUUCUCCAACUUGAAGGAGGACUCCACUGCAGAGGACGUUGCUCGUUUCAAGGCCUUCUACAGAGAUGCCAUGUCCAAGUACAUGAAAACCGGUGUCACCUCCAUGUGCCCCACGGUGACUUCCAACUUCCCCGCCACCUACGAGAAGGUUUUGCCCGUCUACAAGAAAACCAGAUCGCAGAGCAUGUGUGACUCUCUUGGAGCCCACUGUGAGGGUCCUUUCAUCAGCCGUGAAAAGAAGGGCUGCCACCCAGUGGAGACCUUCACCGACGCCACCAAGGAGGGUGGCUUGGCCAGAGUGUACGGCCAGGAGAACUUGCUAGAAAACGUCGCCAUUGUCACCGCUGCUCCCGAGAUCCCAGGUGUGUUGGACUCCAUCGCCGAGCUCACGGAAAACGAUGUCAUCUUCUCCGUCGGCCACACCUCCUCCGACUACAAAACCAGCUUGGAGGCCGUCCACAGAGGCGCCUCGAUGAUCACACACUUGUACAACGCCAUGCCCCAGCCCCACCACAGAGACGUGGGUGUGGUUGGUCUUGUGACUUCCCCAUCCACCGGCAUGGACAGCCCUUACUUUGGCAUCAUCUGUGACGGUGUCCACGUGGCGCCUUCCAUGUGUGUUUUGGCCUACAGAGCCAACCCAGACAAGUGUGUGCUUACAACCGACGCCAUGCACUUGAUUGGCUUGCCAGACGGAACCUACAAGUGGGACCAGCAGAAGAUCGUCAAGAAGGGCCCCAGGCUCUACUUGGAAGGAACCUCCACCUUGGCCGGUGCCGCCACGACGCUUGCCGAGUGUGUUAGAAACUUGGUCCAGUGGGCCAAUGUGUCCUUGGCGCAGGCAGUCAAGACCGUUACCAACAACGCUGCUGACUCGCUUAAUGUGUCUCACGAGAAGGGCUACUUGAGAGUUGGCUGCGACGCCGACUUGGUCGUUUUGGACAACGACGGCUACAUCCAGACCGUCUACAAGUGUGGCCAGCCUGUGCCAUCCAUUGAUGAGCGUGUUUCCGCUUCUCUUUGA